AUGGGCACCGCGACCAGAAUUCUUCUGGGAACUAUUAUUUUCCUUCGCCUUCUGCUGAUACACGCUAACCCUCCAUCACCAGCAACGAGGUUAACGAACCCUAGUACUUCUUUGCAUCUACAGACACUGCAGGAACUCCUCCAUGGUCCUUUGUAUGGGUGGAAGACUGUCCUUUACUUCGAUCCCUCUCUCGGUGUUGAGGUCCUCGAUCGCCUCUUCAAGCUCCUUGCGUUCCGAACGAGUGGCCACGUCUUGGUAAACUUAGAACACGAUGGCGCUCAGUGGUCUCAAAACCAGACUUCGGCAGUGCUCCGAGGAGGCCACAUGGUUCAUGUAGUCGUCUUCCAGGAGGAUUUUCGACCCUUCUUCGACUCGGUAUCACUGCAGUGGAACCCUAAAUAUUUGUUGUUGUUCCCCUUUUCCAAGAUUGAUGUCAGAAAAGUUCUUCAGUACGAAGGCUUCAAAGGGCCCGGAAAAAGCGUUCUUUUGGGAUCAAACGAAAAGACCAACAAGAUGAAAGCCAGGCACAUCAAAGUAUAUACCUACUUUCCUUUCGCCAGAGAAAAACCCAUUCGGUUACUUGGCCUCUGGAAUCCCGAGACGUUUCCUAGCUUCGAAAGUAUUUUUGUUGACCGUUUUCCUUCAUUCGAGGGGUACAAUUUCUGGCUUGGGACUUGGUUCGACGACUACCCUUACCUGCACCAGUCCAAAACAGGGCCUGAAGGCGAAGGCGACGGCGUGGAGGUAGAGAUGCUGGAUGCGAUGGCUCGACGUCUUAACUACACGUACCACCUUACCAUCGAACCUCCCGAUCUGAACUGGGGAGACUUCGAGAACGGUUCCUGGACUGGAAUGCUGGGUAUGGUGCACUCCAAGGACAAGAAUUUCACCGUGAAUUACUUCGGAUAUACAAACGAGCGAAUUGAAGCCUUCGACCAUAGCGUAUCCUACUGGAACGAAGGUUUCGGCCUGGCUCUCUUGAGGCCUCCUCCCCUCCCGAAAUGGCGAAGCGUCUACUAUCCUUUUACGUUUGAAGUUUGGGCAUCCGUCAGUGCCACCUUCGUGCUCACUGUCAUUGUCAUGCUGAUACAGGAUAUGCUACAGCCCAAACCCUUUCUGGGUGGUGUGGGCUCCACGUGGCCCUUCCUUCUGCGGGCGAUGUUCAACAACAGCAUCCCGCGCCUGCCGAAGGCCCAGUGGCAGCGCCUGUUCGUGGGGUCUUGGUGGCUGUACUGCUUCAUCGUGACCACCGCCUACACGGCCAACCUCAUCGCCUUCCUCACCAUCCCGGUCUUCCCCGCGCGCAUCCAGACCGUCCAGCAGCUCGCAGAGAGCGAUUACAGGUACGACCCGGAAGCAACGUGCCUUGAGACAGGGGUGUCCAUGUACGACUACGGCGAGUUCGUGCCCGGCGCCCUUAGGACGUCCAAGGACCCCCACUACCGCACCCUAGGGGAGAGGCUCGACCUGUACUCCACAGACGAUGAGUCCAUGUACCCUGUGCUCAACGGCACCCACGCCUACAUCGAGAGUUACUCGUACAGCGUCGUGUACAUAUUCGACAGAUACAAGGUGAAGAACGCGUACAUGCUGCGGGAACAGCUGUACCCAGGACACUUGUGCUGGUACUUCCAAAAGAACACGGCCUGGAAGUACAAGUUUGAUGAGGCCAUUCAACGCUUAGUUGAAUCAGGCCUCAUUGAAUACUGGCUUAAGAUAAAGACUGAAGACUUCCUGGGAACGGACUACGAGCGCAAAGAAAAGCUUUCGGCGGAGGAGCGCACGAACACGGCUCUCUCCCUGGAACAUGUGCAGGGCGUGUUCUUCCUGCUCCUCAUUGGCUGGGCUGUCUCAUUCCUCACGUUCCUCGCCGAAUUUCUCACGAAGUCAGCAAGGCGUCAGCAGUCCGACGUCAGCUGGGAUAUGACUGACUGA